AUGCAGCUCCCACGGCCUGUCUUGCCAUCCCAGAGGUAUUCUCCAGCCUGUGACUACGCAUACGAUACGCAUCACGAGUUAGUCCCUUCCACUCGAACGCCUCUUGGUGAGUCAACAGGCAACGUUCAACCCCACAGUCUGGCAACCUCGGCCUUCUGCUAUACCAGUCCACUAUCAUUAUCACCACCGAUCCACACGAUUCCGACACCACCGAUACUCCCUACGCAAGCUCUGACCUCCAGUUACGGGACCAGCCUACGGGUUGGACGGUCUCUUCAUCGAAAUGUAUCAUUACAGGAGUCACCAAUGGGUUAUUCAAGGGGCAGCAAGAACCCCAUCUAUGCCUACAAGCAUUUCGCAGAUUACCGUAAUAAGGUGAUGCAAAAGGAGCUGGAGAAGGAAAACCCAACCUGGCCGUUAUGGUUGGAAGAUGCCUUUCUCGAUGCUCUUCUCUUAAUUCCACAAAUGGGUCGAAAGAAGUUCAGUUCGAAGACGGUUCUGUACGGCCGGAACAUGCUCAUCACAGAAUACCUUUGGAUAUAUCACUGGCUUCUCCACCCUCCUCAAAACGGCGAACGCAUCCCGGAUAGAAAGCAGAGGGAGAAGGGCCCUGAUGGGAAGACCCACCCCAUGUUCAGAACAAGAAAGCAAGUGUCGAGUCACAUCCAGGUCUUGAAGGGGUUCUUCUCGACCCUGGUCACAUUCCACUUUAUCUUUCCGAGUAAGAAGCAUAACAAGGAUGAUGACAAGAAACUGUUGAAAGAGGAGGAAGAGAGCGAUUCCUUCAAGAACAACCGAGUCCUCAUCUCUCUGGCCGAUAGUCGUCUUCCAGAUGAGAGGCCGAACUACGAAUACUUUGCCCGGCUGCUGAACGCAGACAACGAUGUCUUCCUCCGGCCGAAGCAAUGCUGGAUCUUCGUGUCUUCUACGAAUGUCAGCCUCAAGGAGAAGCACAUCACCACGGAAGAAGGCGCCACGAAGAAGCAAGUCCUGGGAUAUACGCCCGAUGAUCACUGGCUGAGUGAGGCUGACUAUCCCCACCUCAAGCUCAACGACGGGAAGGACUACAAGGACCUUCCUCGCACGGGGAACCGUCCAACCGUACUCUUGCACGAAUACACAAAACAACUGACGCAGAAGGAGUCGUCCUCUAUCAAGGACAUCUCCAACAAGUGGGAAGUGCGGUUCCCUGAGCUGAAAGAGAAGCUCGUCAAAGCCCUGAGCGACACCAGAUCAUCUGACGAGCGGAGCUCACGCUGUGUCGUUGGACCGUGCGAUACGUUCCACUUCAAGGUAGUCCUCGACCUGCACGCGACGUCCAAGUUCCCCGACGGCUCCGAGCUCAACGGCCUGGUCGAGCUUUCGAUCAGUCAGCCGAACCUGCACAACCACAGCUGGCGGUCCGUCACGUCGGUGGUCAAGCCGGACGAGCUGCACAUCUCGGACGAGGAGCCCGACUUCUGGGAGCGCAGCAACCCCGUCGACGUCAGCCCCCAGCACCGCCCGGGCUGCAACAGCGUCGGGCGCUGCGACUGCACCGGCCGGGGCAACCGUGACUUCAUCUCCGUGCCCUUCCCCGCCCACAGCUGGGCCAGCACGUUCAUCAAGCUUGCGCCGUACGUGACCGCCGAGCGCGAACGCAAGGACCGCGAGCGAGCCGCCCGCGAAGCAGGGUCCCUGCGCGGCGGCCGUGCCGAGCACGAGGCAGCGCGCCUGAAGAAGGAGAAGGACGAGGCCUCUGCCUCCUCGUCAUCGUCCUCGCACAAGUCAAAGAUGCCGAGCCCCGUAGACCUGCUCGCCCAGGUCGCCAUGUACCAAGAGAUCUGGUCGGCGCCGAUGACCAACGAGGCCAACACCAUCAAGACCGACAACAACAAUGGCACGACGACGAAGCAGCAGCAGCAGCAGCGGAGCGGCGCCAACUGGACGCGGCGGGCGGUGAUCCUGUGGACGUUCGUGCCGGUGCACGACCACACGGACGACAAGGGCAAGACGGUGACGGUGCCGGCGGCGGCCAACUGGCGCUUCCUGACCAAGUUCGACCCGACGUCGCAGUACCACCAGAGGCACGCGUACUUUUCGGGUUCGCCGCCCGUCGUGGCCCGCGACAACGUCAUGUCGCCCAAUCCGGGGUACGCGCACCACGUCAACGCGGCCAUGCACGAGAACUUCGGCGCGGCCGCGUACGGCGACGCCGCGGCCACUUCGGCUGCGCCGGGCCUGAAUGGGCUCACGCUGCCGAGCCACGGACAACACCACCAUCACCACCAUCCGCAUCAUCUUGGUGGUGGCGGCGGUAUGAACAACCUUAUGGACAGCAGCUUCCCAACGCCGCCUCCGAGUGGGAAUUUGCACGGCUCCUACGCGCACAGCUUCGACAACGGCGGCAACAACAACGUGAGCGUGAAUGGUGGCAGCCAGACCAUCGGCUCCGCCGACUCGCUGCACCACCACCUGAGCUUCAUGUCGGACGGCACCACGAGCGGCACGGGCACGGACACGACGUCCACAACGACCGCCGCUGCCGAGGACCCGUUUCUGGGCGGCCUCGUGGCCGACUACAUGCUCGCAGACGUCCAGCGCGGACACUACAUGAUCGAUAGUAACGGCAACGUCAGUUCACACGGCCGCAGCCGUAACCAGCACCAGCAGGUCAGCUGGGUCGACAACAGUACUGGUACUGGUCUGACCAGCACGACGGAGCCGUCGCAGCAAUGGGCUGCUGUUGCUGCUGCUGCGCUGGGACAGGGAGUGGGACAGGGACGCCAUGGUGGCCAGGAUCUACGCGAUAAUAUCAGCGGUUCGUGGGGUGUGGCCGAGGAGGCGCAUACGCCGCAGUCUCACCUGUCGUCGCAGCAGCAUCAUUCUCAACUUCAACACCAGCAACAUGACGCCGGCGAGCUCAUGGCGCCUGAACACCAGGACGCGUGGACGGCGUGGCAGGCGGCGGAGCUGGCGCGGCUGGAUGGGAAUGGUGGUGUGGGCGGUGGUGUCGGAGUUGGGUACGAUAGCCAGAGCCACCAUUCGUGGGACGACGAGGACAGCUUCGGUGCGGAUGCCGGGACGGUCGGGGAGUUCGAACUGGGCGGGACGGGGUUGACGCCGUUGCGGAAUCAUGCGCUGAGCCAGCAGAUGCAUUCGCAAUCUCAGUCUCAGUCUCAACCGCAACUGCUAUCUCAGAGCCAGGACCAAAGCCAGAGCCAGAGCCAGAGUUUCUCCCAGCCUCAGUUUCAGGGCCUCUCCCACGUCCGAAGCGAAACCAGCAGCCACACCUCCCCGACCCUCCUCGCGCCAAACCGCAAGCGCUCGCGCGACGAGAGUGCGGAUGUAGAUGGUGACGAUGGAAGCGAUGAUGGCUCGGUGUAUGCGGCGGCGCACUCGAACACAAUGCGGAGGAAGCUGUCUCAUCCAAACCCGAACCCGAACCCGGGGUUUGGACAGCACCAGCACCAGAGUCACCUUCAACUGCAUGAUCUAAGUGGUCACGGGCAUGGGCAUGGGCUACAUGCGGCGCCUACGGCUGUGAUGGAUGAUGGGCUCCAAGGGCAGUCGUACUUGGGAUAG